AUGGAGCGGGGCAGCCGCUGCCACCGCCUCCUGCAGCUCGUCUUGCUGGUGCUGGGGUUGAGCACAGCCCCAGCCUGGGCAGGUGCUGCCCGUGUGGAUGUGCUCCGGGCCUUGAGGUUCCCCUCUCUCCCUGAUGGGGUCCGAAGGACAAGAGGCAUCUGUCCAGCUGAUGUGGCCUACCGAAUUUCCCGCCCCGCCCAGCUCAGCGCCCCCACCCGGCAGCUCUUCCCAGGAGGUGUCCCCAAAGAUUUCUCUCUGCUGGCGGUUGUCCGGACCCGACCUGGCCUCCAGGCUCCGUUGCUGACACUCUACAGUGCCCAGGGCAUCCGGCAGCUGGGCCUGGAGCUCGGCCAACCUCUCCGCUUCCUGUAUGAGGACCAGACGGGGCGGCCUCGACCCCUAGCUCAACCGGUCUUCCGAGGCAUCAACCUGGCAGAUGGCAAGUGGCACCAUGUGGCUGUGGCCGUGAAGGGCCAAUCUGUCACUGUCAUUGCUGAUUGCAAAAAGCGGGUCACCCGGCCCCUACCCCGAAGUGCCCGCCCUGUGCUGGACACCAGUGGAGUGAUCAUCUUUGGUGCGCGGAUCCUGGACGAGGAGGUCUUUGAGGGUGACCUCCAGGAACUCGUCCUUGCUCCUGGGGUUCGAGCUGCCUAUGAAUCCUGUGAGCAGAAGGAGCAGGAGUGUGAAGGGGGCCCGAGGGACAGACCUCAGAACCAGCAGCCUCACAGAGCCCAGAGAUCCCCAAAGAAGCACCCAUCCAAACUUCAUAGGCCGCAGAACCAGGAGCCCCAGCGCCAGCCCACUGAGUUGCUCUACUAUGACUACGAGCCCCCCUAUUACGAUGAGAUGACUCCGGGGACGACCCCUGAUUAUCAGGACCCCAUCCCGGUGGAAGAAGGAGGAAUGCUGGAAACAAGCCCUUUUCCAUCCCCGGAGGAGGCGCAGACCGAUCUCCAGGUGCCCCCCACAGCUGACAGGCUCCAGGCAGAGGAAUAUGGGGAGGGUGGCACAGACGCCCCUGAGGGGCCCUACGAGGAGUACACCUAUGGCUAUGGGGAUGAUUACCGGGAGGAGACCGAGCUCGGCCCUGCCCUCUCUGCGGAGACAGCCCACUCGGGAGCCGCUGCCCAUGGACCCCGAGGGCUGAAGGGAGAGAAAGGGGAGCCUGCUAUGAUGGAGCCUGGGAUGCUGGUGGAGGGGCCACCGGGCCCAGAAGGCCCUGCAGGACUGACGGGUCCCCCUGGCGUCCAGGGGAACCCAGGCCCAGUUGGAGACCCUGGCGAGAGGGGCCCCCCCGGCCGAGCAGGGCUCCCCGGAUCAGAUGGGGCCCCCGGUCCUCCUGGCACCUCGCUCAUGCUCCCAUUCCGCUUUGGCAGUAGUGCCGGGGACAAAGGCCCGGUGGUGGCAGCCCAGGAGGCUCAGGCCCAGGCAAUCCUGCAGCAGGCUCGGCUGGCGCUCCGGGGUCCCCCUGGCCCCAUGGGGUACACAGGCCGCCCUGGACCCUUGGGACACCCUGGAAGUCCUGGCCUAAAGGGAGAAUCUGGAGACCUGGGGCCUCAGGGCCCGAGAGGACCCCAGGGCCUCACAGGACCUCCUGGAAAAGCCGGCCGGAGAGGCCGGGCCGGGGCUGACGGAGCCCGAGGGAUGCCAGGAGAAACUGGAGUGAAGGGUGACCGAGGUUUUGAUGGACUCCCAGGACUGCCUGGGGAGAAAGGAUAUAGGGGGGAGACUGGUACCCAGGGCCUCGCUGGGCCCCCGGGCGAGGAUGGAGAGCGGGGAGACGAUGGGGAGAUUGGACCUCGGGGGCUGCCUGGAGAGUCGGGACCUCGAGGUCUCCUUGGCCCCAAGGGCCCCCCUGGUGUUCCUGGACCCCCGGGAGUCCGAGGCAUGGAUGGCCCCCACGGUCCCAAAGGGAGCUUGGGACCUCAGGGAGAACCAGGACCUCCUGGGCAACAGGGGACCCCCGGGACCCAGGGGCUCCCUGGGCCUCAAGGUGCCAUUGGCCCCCACGGAGAGAAGGGUCCUCGAGGGAAACCCGGGUUGCCUGGCAUGCCUGGCGCAGACGGACUGCCCGGCCACCCUGGGAAGGAAGGUCCUUCAGGAACGAAAGGAAACCAGGGGCCGUCUGGACCUCAGGGUCCUCUAGGCUACCCAGGACCUCGAGGGGUCAAGGGCGUGGAUGGAAUUCGGGGUCUGAAGGGUCAUAAGGGUGAAAAGGGCGAGGAUGGCUUUCCUGGGUUCAAAGGUGACAUGGGCGUGAAAGGUGACAGGGGUGAGGUGGGAGCUCCUGGUUCCAGGGGAGAGGACGGCCCUGAGGGCCCAAAGGGACGCAUUGGACCCAACGGGGACCCUGGCCCCACCGGGCUGCUGGGCGAGAAGGGCAAGCUGGGCGUUCCCGGUCUGCCAGGCUACCCUGGACGCCAGGGCCCCAAGGGAUCUCUGGGGUUCCCUGGGUUUCCGGGAGCCAGUGGAGAGAAGGGAGCCCGGGGCCUGUCGGGAAAAUCAGGGCCGCGGGGAGAACGGGGCCCCACGGGCCCACGGGGUCAGCGGGGCCCCCGAGGAGCCACCGGAAAGUCCGGAGCAAAGGGCACAUCAGGCGGCGAUGGCCCCCACGGGCCUGCUGGAGAGAGGGGUCUUCCCGGACCUCAGGGUCCCAAUGGAUUUCCUGGCCCGAAAGGACCUCCGGGUCCCUCUGGGAAGGACGGCCUGCCAGGACACCCGGGCCAGAGAGGAGAAGUGGGUUUCCAAGGGAAGACCGGCCCCCCUGGGCCCCCAGGGGUGGUGGGGCCUCAGGGAGCAGCAGGAGAAAGUGGGCCCAUGGGGGAGAGAGGCCACCCAGGCCCACCAGGACCCCCUGGAGAGCAGGGACUGCCUGGGACAUCUGGAAAGGAAGGGACCAAGGGAGACCCUGGUCCCCCUGGGGCCCCAGGGAAGGAUGGUCCUGCAGGCCUGAGGGGAUUCCCAGGAGAGAGAGGCCUCCCGGGCACUGCCGGUGGAUCUGGUUUGAAGGGGAAUGAAGGUCCGGCCGGCCCUCCUGGUCCUGCAGGAUCUCCUGGGGAGCGAGGGGGAGCAGGAUCUGGGGGACCCAUUGGUCCCCCAGGACGCCCAGGACCACAAGGUCCCCCUGGAGCAGCAGGAGAGAAAGGUGUCCCGGGUGAGAAGGGGCCCAUGGGCCCCACUGGUCGUGAUGGAGUCCAGGGCCCUGUGGGGCUUCCCGGUCCUGCUGGACCUCCAGGCGUGGCUGGAGAGGAUGGAGACAAGGGUGAGGUGGGAGACCCUGGACAGAAGGGCAUCAAGGGGAACAAGGGUGAACAUGGCCCUCCUGGACCUCCUGGGCCUAUUGGCUCUGUGGGGCAGCCUGGCACAGCGGGAGCAGAUGGGGAGCCUGGAGCCCGAGGCCCUCAGGGUCACUUUGGAGCCAAAGGUGACGAAGGAACCAGAGGAUUUAAUGGGCCGCCAGGACCGAUUGGCCUCCAGGGUUUGCCCGGCCCCUCUGGCGAGAAGGGGGAAACAGGAGAUGGGGGUCCCAUGGGACCGCCUGGCCCCCCAGGACCUCGAGGCCCCGCUGGACCCAACGGAGCGGAUGGUCCGCAAGGCCCUCCAGGAGGUGUUGGGAACCUGGGACCCCCUGGAGAGAAGGGGGAGCCGGGAGAGUCUGGAUCUCCAGGGGUCCAGGGGGAGCCUGGUGUCAAGGGCCCACGCGGGGACCGUGGGGAGAAAGGAGAGUCUGGACAGCCUGGGGAGGCGGGACCACCGGGGCCUAAAGGCCCCACAGGCGACGACGGUCCCAAAGGAAACCCUGGUCCUGUUGGUUUCCCUGGUGACCCUGGCCCCCCUGGAGAAGGUGGUCCUCGGGGUCAAGAUGGCAACAAAGGUGACCGCGGGGAAGAUGGAGAGCCAGGACAGCCUGGAUCCCCUGGCCCCACGGGGGAGAAUGGACCCCCUGGACCACUAGGGAAGCGGGGCCCUGCCGGCACGCCUGGGCCUGAGGGACGGCAAGGAGGGAAGGGAGCCAAGGGGGACCCUGGAGCAGUGGGUGCCCCAGGGAAGACGGGCCCUGUGGGUCCUGCAGGCCCUGCUGGAAAGCCUGGCCCUGACGGUCUGAGGGGACUUCCGGGAUCAGUGGGUCAGCAAGGCCGCCCCGGGACCACGGGCCAAGCUGGGCCUCCAGGCCCCGUGGGACCACCGGGGCUUCCUGGCCUCCGAGGAGACGGCGGAGCCAAGGGAGAGAAGGGUCACCCGGGCCUCAUUGGACUGAUCGGCCCUCCUGGCGAGCAGGGCGAGAAGGGUGACCGGGGGCUUCCUGGCCCUCAGGGCGCCCAUGGACAGAAGGGAGAGACGGGUAUCCCGGGAGCGUCGGGCCCCAUUGGUCCUGGAGGGCCCCCCGGCCUCCCUGGACCUGCUGGCCCCAAAGGAGCCAAAGGAGCCACAGGCCCCGGGGGACCCAAGGGAGAGAAGGGCGUCCAGGGCCCUCCAGGACACCCAGGCCCGCCGGGCGAGGUGAUCCAGCCCCUGCCCAUCCAGAUGCCCAAGAAGACUCGGCGCUCGGUGGAUGGAAGCCGCCUGAUGCAGGAGGACCAGGCCGCACCGACCGGGGGCGCCCCGGGCAGCCCUGGGGGGCUAGAGGAGAUCUUCGGCUCUCUUGACUCCUUAAAGGAUGAGAUCGAGCAGAUGAGGCGGCCCACGGGGACCCAGGACAGCCCCGCCCGCACCUGCCAGGACUUGAAGCUGUGCCACCCCGAGCUGCCCGAUGGAGAGUACUGGGUUGACCCCAACCAAGGAUGCGCUCGGGACGCCUUCCGGGUUUUCUGCAACUUUACAGCAGGAGGAGAAACCUGCGUGACGCCCAGGGAUGAUGUCACACAGUUCUCCUAUGUGGACUCCGAGGGCUCCCUGGUGGGUGUGGUCCAGCUCACCUUCCUGCGUCUGCUCAGCGUCUGGGCCCACCAGGACGUGUCCUACCCCUGCUCUCGGGGGCCCAGGAAUGACCCCCUGAAGCUCCGUGGGGCCAACGAGGAUGAGCUGAGCCCAGAGACCAGUCCCUACGUCAAGGAACUCAGAGACGGCUGUCAGGUGCAGCAAGGCCGGACAGUGCUGGAGGUGCGGACGCCCGUCCUGGACCAGCUGCCGGUGCUGGAUGCCUCCUUCUCCGACCUGGGGGCACCCGCACGGCGGGGAGGGGUGCUGCUGGGACCCGUCUGCUUCAUGGGCUAGGACCUUGUCGACCUGACCCUGUCCAUCGGAACCAGGCCCACCUGGAAUCCCACAGCAUCAGCCACGUGCCACCUCCCAAGAGAGCCUCUCACCGUCUAAGAGGCUGUGGGCCAGGCACUGAGAGCCCCCCUGCCAGGGGCAGCCCCGGGGAGGGGUGAAGUGGGACUUGGGACCCCUGGGGGGAUGAGGGGUGGCACCUGGGGCUCUUGGCCCUCCCAUCUGGUGCCUGUGACUUGUCAGAGAGCUGAGACCCUUAUUUAAAACUCACUUCCCAACCCCGCUAAACACGUGGGCGAGAAGAGAAAGGACACUGUGUAUUUUGUAUUUAAAAUGAAUUAUAUUAAUUAUUUAAAGAGCGGAAAAUGAAAUAACAAAAGAGAUAAGAGAAAUGCCAAUAAACAGCAGCGGAUGCUGGAGACAAGGCUGUCCAGGGGUGAGUCCCAGGCACCCCAUCCAUGCCUCAGGGCCUUCCUCAGUGACCGUGCGGGCGAGUCUGGGCUGAGCCCACCCCCAGGGACCACAGCACCUGUAGCACCCACUGUGAACCUUGGAAUAUAUGGCCUCCUUUGCCUCA